ACUCUCCUUCCCGAAGGUCGACCGGGGUCGCCACAUUCCACUCACAAACUCGCGGACCUCGAGCCUAUCACUAUAGAAGACGUGGGCAAGCGUGGAUGCAGCGUGGAUGUCAUGCGGCCUAUAAUUCAACUCUCCAGGCUGAGGCAAGGCGUGCGGAGGCUCUCGACCUCGCCAUCUACUGGCGUGCUAUCGACCACGCACAAAGGUGUCGCCUUCGAGAAACGCUCUCUUGCUCUCCUUGAGGAACACCUCAGCAUGUCGCUUCGGCGUAUAGGCGGCAAGGACGACGGCGGGAUUGACCUGCUCGGCUGGUGGUGGCUUCCUGCACUUUCUCCUCGUCAAGGGGGCGUGACGGAGUCUGCUUCGAGCCUGUCUCAGCAGCUGAACAAGGUGGCAUCCGCCGAGCGGCGGCGUAUCCGCGUCAUCGCUCAAUGCAAGGACGAACAGAAGAAGGUCGGCCCGAAGUAUGUUCGCGAGCUUGAAGGAGUGUUGUAUCGGUACGUGGCAGGCGUUCACGCGGCCGGGAACGAUGCCUCGCCAACGGAGCGACCGGACGCGAAAGGCGAAGACGACUGCUCGCAAGAAGCGCUUGAUGCAGUGGUCGGCUUGUUGAUCUCCUCUGCUCCCUUCACGAAAGCCACGAUGCUCCGAGCAAACUCUUCGACCAUGCCCCUCAUGCUGCUGCACGUCCCUCCUGCUUCCUCAAGUGCGGAUACUGUGCAGAGCGUCACUGGGCCCGACCCGGCAUUGCAGGAUGGAGAGCAGCAACUGGCCGACCCGUCUGAGCACCUCCGUGGCUAUGGUACCCUAGGAUCUCUUGUCUUCAACGCAGCUCUAGCUAGCGGGCUCCUUCGUAAUCAGCUUCAGCCCCGCUGGGAACACCCACUGGGCAGUGAUCUGGGUGGGCGUCCAGGGCUAUGGUUCAACGGACAGCGUGUGCGCAGCUGGACGCCCGAACGCAACCUCAACUAAGCGAUGCGCUGUCGCUCGGGAGUAUAUUGUGUAGCUUGUAUAGCCCUUCUGCCUUCUGGGAUGCGCAUAAGAGCUGAGUGUCAAGAUGGAUGGAUGACCGUGGGGGAUAGCCGUUGUUGC